UCAUUUGUUUUUCUCCAACCGUGUCCGAGUCAUCUUCCGCGUGUGCGAUUUCGGAAUCCGAUUCCGUCUCUUCUCGGUGGUUGGCGGCGGCGCUUCGGCAUUGUCUUCCCUUGGGCAGCGUGUGGGAUUUUUCGUGUAGGGCUAAUUUGGUAAUCGGAUCCGGAUCGUGAGCUCUUCCUGUCGCACCCUGUCCCCUUUCCUUCGGUUUGGCGCGAGGAGGAUCAUGAAGCCAGGCGUUUGGUUGUCCGGCAGCCUACUUGGACUGCAGUGAGUUGAAGUCUUCCGAUUGGCAGUGAAUCGCGGUGGUUAUCGCAUUUCGCGCGUCACGGAUUGAAUUAGGGGGCACCUGUCCGGUCCCGUCACAAAGUGAUAAGUGAGUGCACGCCAAUAAGUGAGAUCGGAUUAGCGUCAGGGAAAGUUGCGGUGCGUUUAGGCUUGGGUGGCUUCUGUCCAGUCUACAGCGACAUUGACCAUGUUGGUCCCGGCGGAGAUGAUUGCGGUUCAGUCCAAGACCGUGUUCCAGAUCAAUAAAUACUACGCCGAGAAGGUCCAGCUGCGGAUGGGCAACAUUGCCCGGGUGAUUCGGGAGAUUUGCAAGAUCGUGCAGGAGGUGCUGAGGGAGGUGGAAGUACAGGAGCCGAGGUUUAUAUCAAGUUUGGUGGAGUGCAAUGGAAGGUUCGAAGGCAUCGAGGUGGUUACGCCCAACUUCUUCGAGGUGGUCCUCUACCUGAACCAGAUGGGCGUGUUCAACUUUGUCGACGACGGAUCCCUCCCGGGGGCGGCCGUCCUCAAGCUCAGCGAUGGCCGCAAACGGUCCAUGUCCCUGUGGGUGGAAUUCAUCACCGCUUCCGGGUACCUUUCGGCGCGGAAAAUCCGCUCCCGCUUCCACACGCUAGUCGCGCAAGCCGUGGAGAAGUGUCCCUACCGGGAGAUGGUCAAGCUCGUUCCGGACACGACCGAAGUCAAGCUGAAGAUUCGCGAGAGGUACAUCGUUCAAAUCACACCGGCGUUCAAAUGUACGGGAAUCUGGCCGCGGUCGGCGGCUCAUUGGCCCAUUCCGCACAUUCCGUGGCCUCAUCCGGCCCUGGUGGCCGAAGUCAAGUCCGAGGGGUUCGACCUGCUGUCCAAAGAAAGUGUCAUCCUGCAGGGUAAAAACGCCAACAUCGAGGGCGAUGCGUGGAUCUUGCACUUCACCGAAGCGGAGAACCGACUGCUCCAGGGAGGCUACCGGAAGCGCUGUUUGAGCAUCCUGAAGACGCUCUGCGAUCGGCACCUGGAUCUACCGGGCGCCCCGAUAACCUACUACCACUUGAAGACGCUGCUGCUGUACGAGUGCGAGAAGCACCCGCGGGAAGCGGAAUGGGAUGCCAACUGUAUCGGGGACCGACUGAAUGGGAUAUUUCUGCAGAUGAUCUCGUGUCUGCAGAACCGACGCUGUCCGCACUAUUUCCUGCCGAGUUUGGACCUGUUCAAGGGAAAGUCCCCGACGGCCCUGGACAAUGCGUCGAAGCACGUGUGGAAACUGUGUCGGGAAAUUUUGACCAGCACGAAGGCGUUCGAUCGGUUGUAAGUCAUAUCUGCACAAGGAACACCAAAAACGUUCCGACUAACGAAUGUAUACGAUACCGUGACAAAAAUUUUCUCGUUUUUUACUAAGUAGAUGAAAUUUUUUAACUAAUAUUUAAGUGUUAUUGAAAGUGUUUUGUUUCGUGAAUAGGAACGUUUGGAAGGCUCUUCUCUUCUCUACUUUAAACUAAAGUAAGCGAUUGGAUUCAUAACGCGUUCUCACGUAGCAGUAGGUGAAAAUAUCGUGUUAAUAUCUAUGUGAUUGGAUUUUUGAGUUUUCUGUUUUUAUCGAUUUGAGAUGAUUGCAAUACUUUUAUUUAUAAUAUACAUAUUUUAUUAGCGCAAACGAAGCUUGUUCAAAUAAUAAUAUAUAACAAUAAACGAAUAUUAUAACAUAGCUUUUAUGGGAAGUUCAACUUUCAAAAGUCAUAAGCAAA